CAGAAGCGGCUGUACUCGACCGACUGAACAACUUCAAGUCUGGCAGAACCGGCUGUACAUGGUUCUGGCAUAAGUCCUCCAGGCUGGUUCCUGUGGCGAGAUCUGCAGCAGGAUGCUGGAAGCGGCUUCCCGGGCAUCACUCUCUUUAGCCGUGGUCAAGGACGAUUCGGACAAGUGCUUCACGGCAAACCUGGCAGCAGUCCCUCCAGUUAUUUACCGGUUUGGCCGACCAGAAAGCAAAGCAGAGCUCGUCCGUUCUAGAGAUAGCGGCGGUAAGACACUGCCAGCAUUUUGGACCCAUCCACAUAAUGGAGAGGGGUACUGUGUGAGGCUUGGGAAAGGAUUUGAAUAUGACAAUGUUGUGGACAACUUUAAGCGUACCCUCGGACAUAAAUGUAAAGUGGAAAAGAUAGACCGGAUCCAGAACCAAACACUGUUCAUGCAGUACACCGCCAAGGCAGAGCAGCUUCAAAAACAAAAUGGCGCCCUCUUCACUAACGAAAGAAUGUUGUGGCAUGGCACCAGUGAUCAUAACACAGCUCGCAUCAACCUUAGCGGCUUCAGUAGAAGUUCCAGCGGAAACACAGCUACCCAACACGGGGAAGGUUGUUACUUUGCUGUCAAGUCCAGCUACUCCGUGAACCCCCUGUACUCUCCCCCAGACAAGCGUGGGUGGAAGAGGGUGUACCAGUGUCGCGUCCUCACAGGGAAGUUCACGCUGGGGAGGCCCCGGAUGAAGGACACGCCCUUCAGGGGCCCAGAGAAAACGGUCAAGUACGACUCCGCCGUUGAUGAUGUUAAGAAACCGAGUUUAUUCGUUGUGUUCAAUGAUACACAGGCCUACCCUGAGUAUCUCAUUACCUUCAGACUAAUAAAGUGAUGUUCUUCAGAGCUUAAAGUGAUGUUCAGCAGAGAUUUAAGUGAAGAUCUCAGGAGCCUAAAGUGACGUUCUUCAGAGCUUAAAGUGAUGUUCGGCAGAGAUUUAAGUGAAGAUCUCCGGAGCCUAUAGUGAUCUUCUUAAGAGCUAAAUUGAUAUUCGUCACGGCCUAAUAUGAUGUUCUUAAGAGCUAAAAGUGAUGUUCGGCAGAGAUUCAAGUGAAGAUCUCCAGGAGCCUAUAGUGAUCUUCUUAAGAGCUAAAUUGAUAUUCGUCACGGCCUAAUAUGAUGUUCUUAAGAGCUAAAAGUGAUGUUCGGCAGAGAUUCAAGUGAAGAUCUCCGGAGCCUAUAGUGAUCUUCUUAAGAGCUAAAUUGAUAUUCGUCACGGCCUAAUAUGAUGUUCUUAAGAGCUAAAAGUGAUGUUCGGCAGAGAUUCAAGUGAAGAUCUCCGGAGCCUAUAGUGAUCUUCUUAAGAGCUAAAUUGAUAUUCGUCACGGCCUAA